GUURCUAACUAGAAGUCAUGCAAAGCUUUCGUCGGUUUUUGCAUUGUUCAGAGGCGAUCUGCCCUCUAAACAGAGUCUGUCUGGCUUGCAGAACAUUGCAGACUAUCCCUAGAAGGACAUUAUUCAAGARAUCGCCAAAAGACCACAAGGAUGAAGAAAGAGCGAAGAGAAAAGUGGAAAGACAAAAAUUGGUCGGUGAAAUUACAAAAGGAUACUUUGCAGAUUUGAGAGAAUUUGGUGAAAAGGGUGGCAAAAGAUUUUUUGCAUUAGAUGAAUUAAUCGACAAAAAGAGUGCCAUAUCAUUUCCAGAAUUGAAUGCGAGAAACCUUCACAAAAGAGACAUUAAGCUGAAUGAGGAGUUUAGUGAAAAUGUAACACUCGUACUACUGUGGUUAAGGGCAAUUGGACAGAACAUGUGYAGCAAGUACCGUGAGYCUUUCCUCACACAAUWUCRRUCUCACCCAAAUAUUAAAUGUUUUGAGAUAAAUGUCAUUGAUGGUGUYUUCUUUAAACUUAUGAAACCUUUCAUUGAAAAAAGUCUCAGAGACCAAGUACCRCAGGAAAACCAGGACAGAUAUCUAUGUUAUUAUGGCAAGAGUGAUCAAAUCAAAAGAAGUUUAAUCGAAAAUGUCAUAGUUGGCCAUGCAUUCUUGGUUGAYGGAACKGGAAAAGUAAGAUGGAAAGCACAUGGUCUUCCUACUAAUGAAGAAAUUCUAUUCCUAAUCAACUGCACACAAGAACUACUUAGGGAAAAUCAAAAAAAUCUGAGCAUUAAGUACAAAAACUAAACUAUUGGCUCAAGAUUACUAAAUGGUAAUAGAAAAUCAAUUGAAAGGAAUGUCAAAUCUUUCUUUAUAUAUAAAAUAUGAUCAAGUAGAGACCUUUAUGGGCAUUUUAAAACUCCAAGCUACAAGAAAGUAGUUAUCUCUUACUUGUUACUCUUUACAAGGAUUGUGAAAUGUCAAAUAGUGUUUAAGUUGCAUUUUCCUGUAGUGGAUGGUUAUAGAUGUUGUUAUUGUUGGUGUUGGUGUUGGUAGCAGUGUUGUUGUUGUUGUUGUUGUUGUUAGCCCUUACCAAGUCAUCCUGGUAACACAUUUUACACUAUGGUUUUAAGUACCCAUCAAUACAUUCAUUACUCUAAGUAAAUAUAAUCAUGGUAAUAUUAAUGAUAUCAAUAACAAUAUAAGAAUGAUAGCGGUAAAAGUAGUGAUAAUAAUUAUUACAAAGCUUUGUAUCUACAUGAUGAGGAUUGAAACUCAGGCUUGUCGGACAAUACCACACAUACAUUUUUUAACUAGGCUACAAUACAAUAAUCAUGUCACAAGGCAUGCAAUAAUUCAUAUGAGGCUUAACAUUUUCAUGUAUUAGUUCAAAGCUGGUAAAUAUAGCUAUUUCAAAAAAGGUUGUCGGUUAAAAUGRCGAAUKUCAGUGGUCGAACAGCGACUGCACGACCGAAAGUAGCCAUGGUUUUGUUGAAAGGCAAUAACAACCRAUUUAUACUCUGUAAGAUGGUCUGUGGUAAACAGUGGCUCCAUUUUGUCUCCAUUUCUGYSAAAGGUGAAUCUAAUUUAAGGGAAAUUUUGUUUGUCAAAACAGUGUAACCAUAGUCCCUUUUUGUCGUGCAAUCUCCCUCCGCCAAUUGCCGUUCGCUGUUCUCACCGAAAACGUUUUAUGAAAUAGCUGAUACCGCAAUGAACUUUGUCAAAUGCUGGUCAGGACUGUAAAACUGCAUACAGUC